ACGUUUUAACCUAACCUCAAAGUGUGAUGUGGAGCUCCGCAGGAGAGCUGAGUGUUGUCCUCUAAAAUGAUCAAAAAUACGCUUAAAUUGGGCCUUUUUGCACUCUGCGCGUGACGACGUGGUGAAGAGAUGGGAUUCCUUUACGUUCUGAGCUAUAUUUCACUGCUGUUGCAGAUCACCUUCGCCACAAUUUCGAUCGCGGCGGGGCUCUACUACUUGGCUGAGCUGGUGGAGGAGUACACGGUGGUGGCGAAGAAGGUGAUCCUUGGCAUGAUUCUGUCCACGGCGGCAGUUUACUUCUUGCUGGCGCUCUUCGACAGCCUUCCUUGGCUAAUGAUCUUGUGCGGUUUGCUGGCGCAGGGCAUUCAUGCGCUCAUCAUGAAGAACUUCCCCUAUGUCCAGUUCCUCUCAUUCUCAUUCCUCGGAUCUGUGAUACUGCUCCUCAUCAACAACUACUUGGCAUUCACCUUCUUCGCCAAUCACUACUACAUGCUGUCCGAGGUGAUCGCGUACUUCACCAUUUGCCUGUGGCUCGUGCCCUUCGCCCUCUUCGUCUCCCUCAGCGCCAACGACAACGUCCUGCCCACGGUGAACGAGCGCAGCCACCUCCUCAGUGAAAACGAUGUUGUGACGAACUACUUUUCUAGCAAGAAAAAGACAGGCCUUUUGACAUUCUUCAACUACGCCAAGGAGUCCAUUCUGCCGCAGCGCAAUAAGAAAACCUUCUAACCCCAGAGCGAGAGUCCCUCUGCUUUAAUUUAUGAGAUUUGAUUGUAAAUAAACUGCGUGUGACUGUGA